AACCCAACUCAACAACCACUACAAACCCACCUUCUUUCUAUCCCGCCGGAAAAUAUGGCCACCGUCACACAAGCCUCGGUUGCAGUUUUCCGGCCCUCCACCUUCCUUUCCGGCUCACCGGGAAAAUUAAACCGAGCAUUGGCCGUCAAACCUGCCACCUCUUCAUCUGUCUCAUUCAAGAUUGAAGCAAAGAAAGGCGAAUGGCUACCUGGGUUACCUUCACCUGUUUAUCUCAAUGGAAGUCUUGCAGGUGAUAAUGGAUUUGAUCCACUAGCACUGGCGGAGGAUCCCGAGAGCUUAAAGUGGUUUGUACAAGCUGAACUCGUGAACGGACGGUGGGCUAUGUUGGGUGUCGCCGGAAUGUUAUUGCCGGAGGUUUUCACAAGCCUAGGGUUUAUCGAUGUCCCAAAGUGGUACGACGCCGGAAAGUCGCAAUACUUUGCAUCAUCAUCCACUUUGCUUGUCAUCGAAUUCAUCCUGUUCCAUUACGUAGAGAUCCGAAGGUGGCAAGAUAUCAAGAAUCCAGGAAGUGUUAAUCAAGAUCCCAUCUUUAAAAGCUACAGUCUGCCUCCUAAUGAAGUUGGGUACCCAGGUGGCAUCUUCAAUCCCCUAAAUUUUGCACCCACACCUGAGGCUAAGGAGAAAGAGAUUGCCAAUGGUAGAUUGGCAAUGUUGGCGUUCUUGGGGUUCAUCGUUCAGCACAAUGUGACCGGAAAAGGGCCGUUCGAUAACCUGGUGCAGCACUUGUCGGACCCGUGGCACAACACCAUCGUUCAAACGCUUUCUGGGAACUAAAGAUCUUAAUUGCAGCCAAAAGUUGGAAAAAGAUGAAUCUUGUUCUGUUUGUAAACCUUGAGUGUGCAUGGAUUGUGACUUUUAGAUCUCAGCUUGUGUCUGUAAACAAGAAGUUUUUGAAUGUACAGGGAAAAACGAGAUGGAUAUUCGUGGUUUCAUUUUAACUUAUUGUUUUGUCGAUAUCAAGUCGAUUAUUUGAUU